CAUCCCGUCCCCACGAUGGCCAUGGGAAGCAGCUACUGUUACUGCCCACACUGUUCUGGGAAAUGGCAGAGCUGGGAGGGGGCCCAGGUGGUGCCCAGCGUUGCUCCUCUAUGACUCUUCUAAGCUUCAAGCUUGGUGCGGAUGUAAUACAAGUGCUGGAGCAGCUGCUCCCCGAGCUCACGGGGCUGCUCAGCCUCCUGGACCACGAGUACCUCAGCGACACCACCCUGGAGAAGAAGAUGGCCGUGGCCUCCAUCCUGCAGAGCCUGCAGCCUCUCCCAGAAAAAGAAGUCUCCUAUCUGUAUGUGAACACAGCCGACCUCCACUCCGGGCCCAGCUUCGUGGAGUCCCUCUUUGAAGAAUUUGACUGUGACCUGAGCGACCUUCGGGAUAUGCCGGAGGACGAUGGGGAGCCCGGCAAAGGAGCCAGCCCUGAGCCAGCCAAGAGCCCGUCUCUGAAACAUGCAGCAGACCUGCCUCCACCGCUCCCAAACAGGCCUCCGCCUGAGGACUACUAUGAGGAGGCCCUUCCCCUGGGGCCAGGCAAGUCCCCGGAGUACAUCAGCUCUCACAAUGGCUGCAGCCCAGCCCACUCCAUUGUGGAUGGCUACUACGAGGACGCAGACAGCAGCUACCCCUCGACCAGGAUGAACGGAGAAAUGAAGAGCUCCUAUAACGACUCUGACGCAAUGAGCAGCUCCUACGAGUCCUACGAUGAGGAGGAGGAGGACGGGAAGGGGCUGCAGCCCACGCACCAGUGGCCCUCCGAGGAGGCCUCCAUGCACCUGGUGAGGGACUGCAGGAUAUGUGCCUUCCUGCUGCGGAAGAAGCGCUUUGGGCAGUGGGCCAAGCAGCUGACUGUCAUCAAGGAGGACCAGCUCCUGUGUUAUAAAAGCUCGAAAGACCGGCAGCCACAUCUGAGGCUGGCACUGGAUGCCUGCAAUGUCAUCUACGUGCCCAAGGACAGCCGGCACAAGAGGCAUGAGCUGCGCUUCUCCCAGGGGGCUACGGAGAUCUUGGUGCUAGCACUGCAGAGCCGGGAGCAGGCCGAGGAGUGGCUGAAGCAUCCCUGCCCACCUGCUCACAGCUGUGUGUCCUCCCCACAGGUCAUCCGAGAGGUGAGCAAGCCCAUCACAGGGGCCGAGGGGGCAGACAUGCCCAGAUCCCCAGUCCUCCUGUGCAAACUGGACCUGGACAAGAGGUUAUCCCAAGAGAAGCAGACCUCAGACUCCGACAGCCUGGGCAUGAGCGAUAACUGUUCCACCCUUGGCCGCAGAGAGGCCGGCGAACAUGCAACAGGCAAAGGGAAGAAGAGCAGCCUGGCAGAGCUGAAGGGUUCGAUGAGCAGGGCUGCAGGCCGCAAGAUCACCCGCAUCAUCAGCUUCUCCAAGAGGAAGGCGCUGGCCGAUGACCUGCCGAUGUCCUCCACCGAAGAGGCGGUUCCAUGCUGUGGCUACCUGAACGUGAUGGUGAACCACGGCUGGAAGGAACGCUGGUGCCGCCUGAAGUGCAACACUCUGUAUUUCCACAAGGACCGCACAGACCUCCGGACCCACGUGAAUGCCAUUGCCCUCGGGGGCUGUGAGGUGGCCCCGGGCUUUGGGCCCAGACACCCAUUUGCCUUCAGGAUCCUGCGCAACCGGCAGGAGGUGGCCAUCCUGGAGGCAAGCUGCUCAGAGGACAUGGGCCGCUGGCUGGGGCUGCUGCUGGUGGAGAUGGGCUCCAAAGUCACUCCCGAGGCCCUGCACUACGACUACGUGGACGUGGAGACCUUGACCAGCAUCGUCAGCGCCGGGCGCAACUCCUUCCUCUAUGCAAGAUCCUGCCAGGAUCAGUGGCCUGAGCCCCGUGUCUAUGACGAUGUCCCUUACGAAAAGAUGCAGGAUGAGGAGCCUGAACGUCCCACCGGUGCCCACGUGAAGCGCCACGCCUCCUCCUGCAGUGAGAAGUCCCAUCGAGUGGAUCCGCAGGUCAAAGUCAAGCGCCAUGCCUCCAAUGGAGAAGUGGAGGCUGAAAGAGACGCUAACACCACCCAAAUGCCCUUCUCAGAGGUCAGAACUGAGGCCCUUUUCCUGCCUCCUAACUCUGCAGGUGCCAAUCAAUACAAGUAUGGUAAGAACCGAGCUGAGGAGGAUGCCCGGAGGUACCUGGUAGAAAAAGAGAAGCUGGAGAAAGAAAAAGAGACAAUCCGGACAGAGCUGAUGGCACUGCGGCAAGAAAAGAGGGCGCUAAAGGAUGCCAUUCGGAACAAUCCAGGAGCAAAGUUAAAGGUUCUGCAGGAGGCCGUGGCCACACUGGAAGCUCAGUGUCGGGCGAAGGAAGAGCACCGGAUCGACCUGGAACUGAAGCUGGUGGCUGUGAAGGAGCGCUUACAGAGGUCUCUGGCAGGGGGCCCAGCCCUGGGACUCUCCGUAGGCAGCAAGAACAAGAGUGCGGAAACUGCAAAUAAACCCCAGAACAAUCCUCCAGAGCAACCUCUCCCUGUCAACUGUGUUUCUGAGCUGAGGAAGAGGAGCCCAUCCAUCGUAACCUCCAACCAAGGACGGGUGCUGCAGAAAGCCAAGGAAUGGGAAAUGAAGAAGACCUAGAAAGAGGAUGAGAAUUUUAUCCAAAGGAAAUACCAGCUUGUCCAUCUAAGGCGGAAAUGCUUUUUUCACAAGGAGCUACCAGAAGACUGAAAGUAGCCCCCACUCUCUGGGGCACCCAAAAGACCAGCCUUUAUUGUCUGCAUGAUCAAAAGGGGUAUAGGGAGGGAAGAAGUAGAAGGGAAGAGGGAAAUGAAGGGCAUCCCUAUAUAACUUUACAGAGGGUGGGAAAUGGGGGUGGAGGGAGACAGACAUCUGCCCAGUUGUAAAGGUUUUGUUAAAUGUCUUUGCCUUCCCUUCUGAAGAAAUGAAAGCACAUGUGAAUAAGCCAUUCCAUCCCACUCUCAGCAUCCCAUUCCCAGUCCCUAGGGCAAAGGAAGGCAGUGCUGAAGUAUCAGUGAUGCAAUAGAGAGAGGCGACUUGAUCAUCCAAUCACAUUUGUGUUGGGCAUUAUUGACAGCCUUUGGGCAAGAUAAAUAGGCUGAAAAAUCAAUAGAACUAUCCCUUCCUGCAUAAAGGUGCACAAAAGCUAUAGAGAACAUGCAAAUUCUACAAUCAUUCCUCAUCUGCUUUAGGCAGAUGCAGUGACCAGAACUCCAGAUUUGAAUUGUUUUCAAAUCAGAGAUCUAAGUAAGCAGCAGGCAAGGAGAGGUUCAGUUGCUGACCUAUGUUAAGCUCUGAGUGAUGCUCAGCGACAAGAGCAUGGAUUGCUAAUGUCCACAAGAAGUAUCGAGCUUUGUAGGGUGGGGUCAUUUGCUGUCAAUCAAGUCCUUUCCCUAUUUUAUAUGAUGCUCUGGCUCCAGAGUUAUGGUUAGAAAUGCAGGAGACACUCUUAAUAUGUUUAUCCUCAUCUUGCACUCAAGAGGCGCACCUGUCUGCUCUUCCAUAUCUGCCAUCAAGUAAAACUGUCAGGGAGAACCAAGAGGACAGUGGCCCAUUUCUGCCACAUGAGUGCCUUUUACAAGCACUUGAUAUUUUUGUAGAGGAGCAAGGACCUCAAGUCCUGGGCAGUCUCCUUGCUGUGCCACUAAUGACUUUCUCAACACUGUGAGCAUUUUAUAAGUCUACUACAUUUCCCUCCAAUAAAGAUAAAACCAUUGAGCUGUAGGAGCUCAGAGGUUAGCUCAAGGGGAGAGAAGGGAAAUCCCAUAAUAACCUCUGGACACUCUGCUAGAGGCUUCACAUACUUGACCCUGCCUAAGGCUUUACAUACUUGAAGCCUCAUCCAAACGUUUCCACCCUCUGAGGUAGCUGGAGACCAGAGCAAGAAAAAUAACCUGACCCAAAGCACCCAGCCGGCCAGUGAUGGAGCAUAAGUUUUAGGGCUUAUAGAGCUGUCUGUAUCCAGACAGGGCUGGGUUUGAGCCCUGCCUCUGCCACUUACAGCUGUGACUUUGGGAAAGUCACUUGACCUCUCUCAUUCUUGUUUUCCUUGCCUAUCAAAACCAGGUUAACAAUAGUACAUCCCUCCCAAGACCAUUGGGGGAAUUAAGUGAGAUAAUACAUGGGAAGCAUCUUACACAGUGUCCAAGUAAUAGUAAACAUCUAGUCAAUAGUGUUUCUUAUUAUUGACUUUUACAUGGUAAUUACAACCACCAAAAGCUAUAAGGCAACAAUCUGUAACUGAGUUUUCAUCCAGAUUCCACCUGUGUAUCUUCAAUAGCAGGCACUCACAUACUCUGGAUUGUCAAUAUGCUUUUUAAAAUGUGAAUCUGAAAUGUCACCUGACAACCCAAUUGUGUCAUUGUUUCCCAUGUAGUUAUUUUGAGACUAAGUGUCUUUUUCCACCAAUAAAUCUUAAGACUCCUUUGAGAGGUG